AUGGCUGCUCACAGACGACAAUUUCGUCAACGACUAAUGUUCCAGCAACACAGGCGUCCGCGACAAUUCAAAGACAGAUCAAAUCCUUUGGAAGAUUUAGAAGAUGAUGAAGUUUAUGAUCGCUUUCGGUUUCGUCCACAGACGAUUAUGUUCAUCCUCGGUCUUCUCCCUGACUUGUCCCGGCCAACUAACAGGAACCAUCCUUUGCCACCUCUGCUUCAGCUUCUCCUGUGUUUGCGAUAUUUCGCCACUGGUGCGGUGCAUAUACUCAUCGGAGACUCUUUGGACAUUUCCCGAAGUUCAGCAGGAAGGUGCAUCCGUGCAGUUGCAGGACAUCUGGCGAACCUUGCUCGCAGAUUUGUUGUGUUUCCAACAAACAAUGAUGCAGCCUCUGCAAAGCGUGACUUCUCUGCCAUCGCUGGUUUCCCAAAUGUUCUAGGAUGUGUGGAUUGUACACACAUCAGGAUAAUAAAACCCAAAGACAAUGAGGCGGACUUCGUAAACAGGAAGGGGUACCAUUCCUUGAAUGUUCAGAUGUGCUGUGAUCCUAAAUUCAUAAUAACAAGCUGUGUUGCUACCUGGCCCGGCUCAGUCCAUGACAGCAGGAUUUUCCGCCAGUCAGCACUCUGUGCUCAGUUUGAGAAUGGCCAACAUGAUGGAAUUCUGUUGGGGGACUCAGGCUACCCAUGUAAAAGAUUCUUGAUGACUCCUUUCCUUAACCCUGCUACUGCUCCUGAACAGCGUUACAAUGAAGCCCUGUGCAGAACAAGAGUUCUGGUGGAGCAGACGUUUGGCAUUCUAAAGAGAAGAUUCCUCUGCCUUCAUCAUGAAAUGGCUACAGAGCCCCCCCAGGCAGCAGUGUAUGUGGUGGCCUGCGUUGUGCUCCAUAACAUCGGGAUUGAAAGAGGGGAUGUGCUUUCAAACCAAGAUGGUUUUUUGCCUCCAGUAAAUGAUGACGGGGUAAGGUUUGUUGGACGGAAUGAUGGGGUUAUAAUGAGGCAGCACAUUGUAAAUAAUUUCUUUUAAGGUAUUCCCUCCCUGACCUGUGAUGUUGUAGAAUUUUGCAAAAACUUUUAUUGAUUUAAA